GAAGGGGGAAAAAAAAGAGAGAGAGAUUUCUUUAUGUUUGUGUGUAUGUGAUCUGUGUACAGGGGAGCACAGUCCCUCUUCAUUCUUCAUGUUCACUCCUACAGUGUGAAAUGAAAGGAGGGCGAGGGGGCAUGAAGGGAAGGAUGAGCCAAACACGAAAAGGUCAGGGCCUAGUGAAAUAUGGAGGGAGAAUCAUUAUCGGACACCAUGGACAACCAAGGGGAACUCCAGAAGGGAUGCAUGGGGCUCACACAGGAGGAGCUGCCACAGAUGGAUGGAUCAUGUGACGCAUGCGAGCCAGACGAAGCCCAACCAGCCACACAAGUGUGUCGCACCUGCAGCUUUGCCUUCUGCCCUCUACAUGCCGACAAACAUGCCAGUAGCACACAUCACCUGCUAAUGCCUUACAAUCAGGAGGUGUCGCAAACUAAUGGACUUGGCAUGAACGGAGAGUCCAGAGGUGGGGUCCAGGAUGAGGUCGAUGGGGAGAAGACUGUGGGAAUAGGAGGGAACAAGGGUUUGGCAGUUGCUGGAGCGGUGAAUGGUGAUGCUGAGGAAACAGAAGGUGCCCAGAAUGAUCUGCUGCCAGAGGCUGAGCAGGGUGCAGAAGCAGGGCACGAGGCCAUGGCUGCCGCAGAGCCGGGUAAGAGGGACACUGUGACAGUAGAGAGACUCCGCUGCAAGGAGCAUGGACAGGAAGGCUCCCUGUACUGUAAACCAGAUGAGAAGAUAAUCUGCGUGGUGUGUGCUGUUCAGGGUGAGCAUCGUGAGCAUGAGAUCAUCACUCUACAUGAGGCCUAUGUCUGGCAGAAGAGUAGGCGGGGGUACGACCUGCUGGGCUGUACACAACAGAUGGGUGAGAAGAUCAAGUCCAAGUGGACCAACCCUGAGAUGUCCACAGAGGAGCUGGAGGCGUAUGUCAACACCCAGUUUGAUGAGCUCCGCCGUUUGGCCUCUGAGGAGAAGAGGACCCUUCACCUGGUAGACCUCAAAGAAGCGUUCCUGACCGCAUCGGCUGCUGAGAAAAUUGCAGAGAUCACAUUAGAGACAGAACGUCUACAGGAGGAGAUGGACAACAUCACACACCAGCUCUGUCUUUUGGAAAAGGGUGAGGAUCAGGCAAUUGGUCCUGCAGUGGCAAUGGAGGCCCUGAAAGCAGCGCGUGAAUCAGCUCAGAGGAACCUGCAGGACAUUGAGGCCAGGCCAAGGAUUCCAGAGCCCAGGGCAGACCCGCUGGACUUCGAAGACAAUGAUUCCGGACCAUCCAUGGACCACGCCCCCUGAUUCCCCCCAGACCCAGACUCUGUCCGUCUCCACCUGUCCUUCAACCUGUCAUCAGCUGUGUUGAGCUGACAGGCCAGCCCUCCCUGUCUUUCCCCCCACCCCCACCCCCUCCCUUACUGGUGUCUGCUGGCAGUGAACUGACCUUGAAAAAGGCUGCUGUGACAAAUAUGGAUGGCCACGUCUUUACUCUUCUCAAACUUUUUAAUUCCUCCCUGGCUACUAACUUUCUUUAAUUGAAGCACGCAAGUUAUGUGCAAUCAAUUACCAUCAGACUCAAUUUCCACAGCCAGUCAGAUCCUUGGCUUACUGGUGAGCCUGGCUGACUCAGAGAGGAGCCUGGAUAAGCAGCCGAGCAGAGCAUCUGUGGAGCCCAACAGAUGUCAGAAAUGGGAAAUUCUGCGACGCUGUGUGCUUCACUCUUCAUUUAUUCCCAAUAUAAUUUUUGUUCUGUUGUUCUGACACACAUCUUGGACACUCUCAGACAUUGAAAUAGAACAUUUGUCAGAUGCCACAAUGCCUUAUGUCAUCCUGAGAUUAUAUUACAGAGGUGUUCUCUGUAUUAUAUUUUUAUUGUCGAAAGGAAAGCAUUUCUAGUCUCUGUUUUAUAAUAUUGUCUCUUUUGCUUUACAUCAUCGUGUUGCCUUCGCUUCCAUUUUUCUUUUCUUCGACCUCGGUAUCGGCUCUAUACGCUCAUUCUUUAUGCUCGUAGAUUUGUGUGUACUUCCUCGAGCUUGUCAGAUGUAUUAUCAGAAGCAGGGACAUUUUGACACCCAUUGAUUGGUGAAUGUUGCUGAGUCUUUGUUAGGUGAAAAUCGAACUGUAAUUUGACUGUGCAAAAUAGCACUCCCGCAGUAUCAGCUUUCUAUGUACUGUAAUGUAAAGGCUCAUUACUCCUGGCCAAUCUGCAGCGUAUGACAGAUUACAGUCAGGAUAAAUGAAUGCACUUUCUACCUUGACCCACUCAGCCACAGCUUUCAUUCAGGAUGGCCUGCUGCGUGCCUGUCUAUAUCAGCAGUUGUUUUUAAUAUGAUUGAUUCUGUUGCCUUAAAUUUGAAAGUGAAAACAUUGUCAGUCCAUAAUAUGUGCACUGUAAGACCGGAUCAAUUGAGUUUACUUAAAAAAUUUGAGGAAACCGGUUGCCUUAAAAAAUGUGAUGAGUAAUGAAAACUUGAGUGUAUUAAACUGAAAUGCUUGAUUUGAAUGGAAUUGC